AAAAAUUUUAGUAGCAAAUUACUAUGAAUCCAGUGUUUUAUAUUACCCUUGGUUUCACCUAGCAGAUGCAAACCGAUUAUGCUCACCAUGUGGGCACAAAUGUCCAAGGCUCCGAACUUGGGAAGAUACUUGCAAGUGGUAGCUAUCCACUGAUACUCGCAAAGAGAGUUGCUGCCACAUCUUUCCUAGGUCUGUCCUUGACAACACGUUUCGACACAUCCAUAGAGAUAAAUCCCACAACCCCUCAGGCACUUGCACUAAGAGAAUGGAGCACAUCAAACACAACAUCAAUCAAAAACGUUCUCCAGAAAGAUCAGCACCACGACACACUUAGUCACUUUGUACGUCCAGACUGUUUUUUAAAGUCAACUACUUCUCACGUGAAAGCAUCAGACGACAAGGAACAAAAUCUUCUGGCUCGAAGGACAUAUUAGAAUCCUCGAAGAUUGUCCUCUACCAUACUAUAUAGGAUGCGAUACUUGCAACAAAAGGGUCAUCUUCACGGAAGGAAUAACAUUCAAAUGCUUGAACUGCGGAAAGAAAAAUGCAAUUACAACAAAGCGGUACAAUAUGAACGUUGAAAUAACUGACCACACUGGAGCAUUGGCUAUGACAAUCUUCACGCACGAAGUCAAAAAGCUGUUGCGCAUUCUGCAAACAAAUGCACCAAUUGAAGACAUCAACUGCACCGAUCUCAACAACCAGCUUGCGCCAAUGACAGCCACAACUGCAAUCAAAAUCAUACCGCCAAAUUACCAAGGAAGAAACGAAACAACAUACGCAGUCCUAUGCCUUUACAGUCUCUCAACCAACGACGCACCGACAACUUCUCAGGCGAACACACCAAAAAGAAUUCUCACAGACAAAUCCGAAGGCGUGGGCGAACAAACCGAGAAAAAGCAAAAGAUCGACUGAACUGAAGCCUUGGGAAACAAUGACUCACACCGUUUUCCAACCCUACAU